UUCAGUCAAUGCGCGUUUUGCUGCUGCCUGCUUCUCGCGUACCGGCCGGUGCCUGGUCAUUCUCUAGCUGCCGUCAUGUUGCAGCUAAUGUCGGAAGUGUCUGUGGAGAAUAAGAUUUUCUAUGCAGUGCUGCUCUUCUCAUGGAUCGUGUACCUGUGGGAGGCCUACCUGGCCAGCAGACAGCGGAAAAUUUAUCGUACUACAACACAUGUCCCAGCAGAACUUGGAAACAUAAUGGAUCCUGAAACGUUUGAAAAAUCUCGUCUUUAUCAAUUGGAUAAAAGUACUUUCGGCUUUUGGUCAGGAUUAUACUCUGAAGUAGAAGGCACUCUCAUCCUUGCUCUAGGAGGCAUUCCCUUCCUGUGGAAUGUGUCAGAACAGAUUCUGGAUCAGAUGGGUCUUGGUUCAGAAUAUGAGAUUGUUCAUUCCUUGGCGUUCCUUCUCCUCGCCACCCUCUUCAGUGCCUUGACUGGUCUUCCAUGGAGCCUCUACAACACUUUUGUUAUCGAGGAACGACACGGGUUCAACCAGCAGACGUUGACAUUCUUUUUUAAAGAUGCCAUAAAGAAGUUCUUGGUUACCCAGUGCAUUCUCCUUCCAGUGACUGCUCUUCUGUUGUACAUCAUCAAAAUAGGCGGUGACUAUUUCUUCAUCUAUGCAUGGCUCUUUACGCUGGUGGUUUCUCUGGUCCUUGUUACAAUAUAUGCAGAUUAUAUUGCACCCUUAUUUGACAAAUUUAUACCACUACCUGAGGGGGAGUUAAAAGAGGCAAUUGAGGCUAUGGCACGGAGCAUUGACUUCCCACUCACCAAAGUCUAUGUUGUUGAAGGUUCAAAGCGCUCAUCACACAGCAAUGCUUACUUUUAUGGUUUCUUCAAGAACAAGCGGAUUGUUUUAUUUGAUACGCUUCUUGAGGACUACUCACCCCUAAACAAAGAGUCCACGGAGGAGACACCAGAAAAUGAGAAUACUGAAACAAAAUUCAGACCCAAAAAUGUGAACAAGAAGCAAGGCUGUAAUAACCAAGAGGUUCUUGCUGUUCUUGGCCAUGAGCUAGGUCAUUGGAAGUUGGGCCACACUGUAAAGAAUAUUGUGAUCAGUCAGAUGAAUUCUUUCCUUUGCUUUUUCCUGUUUGCUGUACUGAUUGGCCGUACAGAACUUUUUUCUGCCUUUGGAUUUCAUGCUACACAACCCACCCUGAUUGGCUUGAUGAUUAUCUUCCAGUUUAUCUUUUCUCCUUACAAUGAGGUUCUUUCAUUCUGCCUCACCAUGUUAAGCAGAAGAUUUGAAUUCCAAGCAGAUGCAUUUGCGAAAAACCUUGGAAAAGCAAAAGAUUUAUAUGCUGCCCUAAUUAAAUUAAACAAGGAUAAUUUAGGAUUUCCAGUGUCUGACUGGAUGUUUUCGAUGUGGCAUUAUUCCCACCCUCCCUUGUUAGAAAGACUACAAGCUCUAAAGGGUGAUAAGCAAAACUAAGUGGGAAGUUGAAAGCAGUAUUUUAUCGAAGACAAUAUAUUUUGUUGUUGCUUUUCUUUCCUUUUUUUCCUUUAUUUUUUUUCUUUUCCAAUACAAAGAUGAAAACACAACUUUACUUUGUGUUGGACAGCUUCCUGAAAGUGAUAAAUAUCAACAAGGAAACUUUGUUUACAGACCUAGGUGACAGUGUAUAAAUAUUGUACAUUACAUUUUGUGUAAUAAAAAAAAAACACAAAAAACUUUUAAUUGAAGCUUUAUUCCAGUGAAUGUUACUGUGAUUUUUAUUUUGUAUUAAAAUAACUUCCUUAAAUAUACACUUAAGGAGGUUUAAUUGGUUAUUCACGUGUCAAUAAACAGGAAAGUUUUAUUGUACUGUUAAGACAAUGCUUUCACUGGUCGUUUAAAAUCUUAGUCGUCCGUGUUCAAGAAUACAUAAGCGUGUGCAAUUUAAAUAUUUAAAUUAGAAGGAUUUUUUUUUUUUGUGAUCUCAAAAUGAAAUCUUUUAUUUUUUCCUUUUCAUGUUUAUUUGCUUUGAAAAUAAAUUGGUUUUGAAUUUCUUAAAA